UUUUUGUUUGUGUGUUUGUGCAGAUGUGAUGGUGGGGAUGGGAUACAACCUGGAAGAGAUCCAGGAAUCUUUGGCCAAGAUGAAGUAUGACGAGAUCACAGCCACCUACCUGCUGCUGGGCAGGAAGGCCUCUGAGUUGGAGCCCAGCGAGUCGGCCUCCAGCAGCAACCUUUCUCUGGCCAAACCGAGACCCAACAGCGAGCUCAACGGCCAGUCGCCCUCGCACCUCAAAGUCACGAGGAGCGUCUCCUCCAACCACAAACAGAGGCGCUACAGCGAACAAGUGGGUCAGAACGUCCCUCCAGGCAUGGCUCAUCCAAAGAGGAGUCAGACCACCACAGCGGAGAACAGUGCGAAGGAGGAAGCCGGAGUCCAGCUGCGUAAACCCAGCACCCCAGGGAGCCGCGGCGCUCCCCCCGCCAGCCCCCUGCUGGGCAACGCCAACAACCCCAACAAGGCCGACAUCCCUGACCGCAGGAAAGGCGCCACCACCGGCCCCAGCAAUAACACUGCGUCGGCAGGCAUGACCAGGAGGAACACGUACGUCUGCAGCGACAGAAACAACACGGACCGUCUCUCCGUCAUUCCCAACGGAAAAGAGAACAGCAGCGUUGCCGUGUCGCCCGGCGGCCAGAGGAACCCCGUGGCGUCCACUCACAGCAUCGCCAACGCCACCACGCCCGACAGACUGCGCUUCCCGCGAGGCACCGCCAGCCGCAGCACCUUCCACGGCGGCCAGCUGAGAGACCGCCGCACCGCCACGUACAACGGCCCGCCGGCCUCGCCCACUUUAUCCCACGACGCCACCCCGCUCUCCCAAACCCGCAGCCGUGGAACCAGCAACCUCUUCUCCAAACUCACCUCCAAACUCACCCGCAGAAACAUGUCAUUCAGGUUUACCAAAAGAGUCUCAACCGAGUUUGAGAGAAACGGGAGACUUGAGGGCUCAAG